CACAUACAGCAAAAUGAGCGCAAAUUUACAAAACAGCGGCACUACCUUGAACAGUGGCGAGAAUUCCGAUUCUAAGAAGGAAAACAUAUUGGAGCGUUUAAAUAAGCGUAAUAAAGAACGUCAAAAUUAUUUGGACGUAAAAAUAGAGCAACGUAAUAAGGAAAAUGUCGAACUGGAAGGUACUGAUUAUUUUGCUCAAACAUUUACUGAACGUACGAGAGCAAUAGAGGAACAAAUACAAAAUAUUUCGCAAAUAUCCGCUGCUACAGAUAGAAAAACAUCUAAUAAUGCGGAUUUAACACGCAUAUUUGCCGAUCUAACAAUACAAAUCCAAGAAUUGCAACGUUAUCUUACCACAUCAACAAUGUUUCUGACAGACUUUAAAAUUAAAGCCUGUCAGAAUACGCUUAAUGACUUAAGUAGUAGCUGCGAAGAAUGUCGAUUACGGCUGAUACCGAAAAAGAAGUUUGGAUUCAGUGGAAAAAAAGUAGCACCGAAGGUAUUAGUCAAUCCAAAAGUUGUGAACCUUUCUACCGAUAAAGUUGAUAUGCCAGAAAAAUCAAAAACUGACAGCACUUCAUUCACCUGGACGUUAUCGAAUAGAGAAAAUGAAUAUAUUUGCCUUGAAGGGGAUGAACUAAGUAAUAAAGAUAUAACAAUUUCUAAUCUAAAAAAUUGUUUUGUUGAGCUUCGUGGUCAUGCAGGAUCAGUACAAAUAUCACAAGCCAUCGGCUGUACAUUCCUUUGUGGGCCAAUUUCACGUUCGCUAUUCGCUGAAAAUUGCGAGCGUACAACGCUAGCUUUAGCUUGCCAACAAUUACGAUUACAUUCUUCAAACAAUUGUCGCAUAUAUUUACACGUCACAUGUCGAGCUAUUAUUGAAGACUGUACGCAAAUUGAAAUAGCAGACUAUAAUUAUAAUUACGCUACAAUCGAUGAAGACUUUCAAUUGGCAGGCUUAGACAAAGCUCAAAACAAUUAUACAGAUAUCGCAGAUUUUAAUUGGUUGUCACCAGAUGUACCGUCACCUAACUGGACGCUACUCAAAGAUACACCCUUGCCUUCCUGGAGUGAGCUGCGUAGCCAAAAGCAACAAAAAGCUAAAUUUUUAUAGUGUAUAAUAAAGCACAAACGUCAACAAAUGUCAGUAAAUUGGCGUCGGAUUUUUAUAUGGUUAACUCUAGCUUUGUUGCUACUACUGUUGCUUAUUGAGUAUUUACCUUUGUUUACAACUGCCGUUAAAGAAAGGUUUUGUCUCUUGCAAUUAACACCAGCAGCAACUCCAGUUAAUAAGGUGGCAUAAUUAUAUAUAUAAUAUACACAACUGUACAUUUAAAUGGCAAUGUUUUUUAAUUCAUAUGUGGUAUGCGUUGGAAAGAUAUUUUGUAUGAGAAUUAUUUGUAUGUAAAUUGUUAUAUUAUAAGUGCAGGUUGGUUUUUUGGAAAUGUCCUUGCUGUAAAAAUUUAGACUGUAGAAACACUUUCCUUUUAUUUACUAAAUAAAUGAUCAAUAAAAUACUAAUUAGUUAAAA